GUCCAAUUGUUCCGCUGUUCCUUGCUUGUCUAGCUGCCUACCCUAGAAUCAUAGAAUCAUCAACUUGGAAGCAAGACCCCACAAUCUACAGACUUGAUCCCAGAGCUACUAAUAAGUUGCGUAUUGUUUCUUGAUUUGGCUUAUGUAAUGAAUAUUUCCAUCGAUCAAACCUUCUACCAAAGGCUACAAAAGCACAGUGCAUUUGCUUUCGUUUAAUUUCUUGCUUCCACCAUACCAUAAUCUUCUUGCCAUAAGUUAUACAAAUCUGAUUAUUAUAUUCACAAAAAUUAUGUCUCCUUCCGCCACUGAAGCCAUUGGCACCACAGCCAAGGUAUCAUCCAAAGAUGCAGUAUCAUCCUCAACUUCAACUCACACAAUACCCCUCAUUAUCAACAAUGAACCUCAUCAAUCCAGCAGAACUUUCCCCGUCUAUUCACCAUCAGAUAAUUCACACCUUCACAAUUGUGUAUCUGCAUCUGCAUCUGAUAUCGACCUUGCUUUGGAUACAGCUCAGAAGGCCUACCCAGCAUGGAGCAGAUUACCGCCACCCCAAAAACGCGAUAUCUUUCUCCGAGCAGCCGAGAUAAUGCUCGGACAAAAGUCUACCCUCGAAGAAACCAUGAUCAAAGAAACCGGCGCAGACCCUGUUUGGGCCGGAUUCAAUACUCAUCUUGCUCGAGAAGGACUUCUCGAUGUUGCCGGCCGUAUCACUUCCAUCGCGGGUAGUAUCCCCAUGACGUCGGAGGAGGGUCGAAGUGCACUUGUCUACAAAGAACCUUAUGGAGUUAUCCUCGGUGCUGCACCCUGGAAUGCUCCCUACAUUCUCGGAUUCCGAAGCGUCACCUACGCACUCGCAGCUGGUAAUUGCGCAAUUCUCAAAGCACCAGAGUUUUCACCAAUGUGCAGUUGGCAUAUCUGUGAUAUCUUGCACAAGGCUGGGUUACCUAAAGGUGUCUUAACAUACGUAGCAAUUUCAAGUGAAGAUGCUCCGGCGAGAACGGCACAAUUGAUUGAGAGCCCGAUCAUUAAGAAGAUUAAUUUUACGGGUAGCACCAGGGUAGGAAAGGUCUAUGGAGAAUUGGCGGGAAAGAAUCUCAAACCUGUGGUGUUGGAGUUGGGUGGUAAAGCUAGUGUGAUUGUUUGGGAAGAUGCGGAUUUGAAAUUAGCAGCUGUGGAGUGUGCAAAGGGGGCUUUCUUACAUUCGGGUCAAAUCUGUAUGAGUACAGAAAGAAUUCUUGUGCACAAAAAUGUCGCAGCUGAAUUCGAAAAAGAAUUAGCAGCCGCUACUGCAGAGAUGUUCCCUUCACUAGUGCCCCUCAUCAACUCCCAAGGCGUCUCUAAAAACGCAUCUUUAAUCUCCGAUUCACUCUCCAAAGGCGGAUCUAUUCUCCACGGCACACCGCCGAGCGAUUCCUCCCCCACCACUAAGAUGUCCCCCGUAAUCCUUAAAUCCGUUAACCCCUCCAUGUCCAUAUACCGCGAAGAAUCUUUCGGCCCCACCGUCUCGGUGAUUGAAAUUUCUACCGAAGAAGAAGCGAUCCGUAUCUCCAACGAUACCGACUACGGGCUCGCAGCAGGCAUUUACACCCAGGAUCUACAGCGGGGAUUGCGUAUUGCGAAAGCGGUGGAAAGCGGUGCCGUGCAUAUCAAUGGGCAUAACGGGAGUGUACAUGACGAAGCGGGACUGCCGCAUGGAGGCAUGAAGAAUAGUGGAUUUGGACGAUUUGGAUCGCUUGGAUUGGAGGAGUGGGUCAGGACGAAGACAGUGACAUUUAUGGAUUAGGGAUUGAGGAAGAGAGAUAUGAUAUGAUAAUUUAUGUAGGAUUUAAAUAAGUGAGACACGAGUUUUAUGUAAGCCGGUAUGAAUAAAGUUAACUAUAUU